AUGGAAGAAUCUUUGGCUAAUAAAUUUGAAGAUAAGUCUAAGAAACAUAUAAUACACAAGCCACUACUUCAUAUUGAAUGUUCCUUGAAAGAAAAGAGUACCUGUAGAUUUGAUACUGCUGCUCAUCAUGUUCGUCAAUUUCUUCUUGAAAAUUUCUCUUCAUUGACACUGAAUACUGAAUUUCGUAAUUUUGAGGAUGAAUUACUUUUAAUGAAGCAUAUUGAGCAAAUUAGAGUUGUUGAGGUAUCAGGAUCUGAUAAAGAAAUUCUUUAUUUGGAUGAGGUUGAUCUUGAUAUUCAUAUAUAUCAACUUAACAAUGACUUGCCUUCUGCAAGCAGUUUUGAUUAUGAAGAUCAAGAAGAUGGACCAAUGGCUAUAGUAACUGAAUUGCCAUCUUUAUCUUUAGAAGGGUUAUGGGAUAAUCUUAUAUUUGAAAAUAAUAUUAAAAAUAAUCUGCUUCAUUUUAUUCAUACUGUUAUGCUUUUUUCUGAUAAGGAUGUUAAUUUUAAUAUUGUUACAUGGAAUAGACUUAUUCUUUUACAUGGACCCCCUGGAAGUGGAAAAACAUCUUUAUGUAGAGCAUUGGCACAAAAGCUUUCAAUUAGACUCUCUAAUAAAUUUUCUCGAGGAAGAAUCGUUGAAGUGAAUUCUCACUCUCUUUUUUCAAAGUGGUUUUCUGAAAGCGGGAAAUUAGUCGGUAAAAUGUUCCAACAAAUUCAUGAAAUGGUGAAAGACGAAGAUUCAUUUGUUUGCGUUCUUAUAGAUGAGGUGGAAAGUUUAACUGCUGCAAGAAAAGCUGCUGCAUCAGGUCUUGAGCCAUCAGAUGGUUUAAGGGUUGUUAAUUCUCUGCUUACACAAUUGGAUAAAUUAAAACCUCAUAAAAAUGUUUUUAUUUUAACUACAUCUAAUUUAGUAGAAGCAAUGGACCCUGCUUUUGUAGACCGCAUAGAUAUAAAACAGUAUGUUGGCGACCCGAAUCCAGAUGCUAUUUUUGCAAUUCUUCAAUCAUGUAUUAACGAAUUAGGCCAAAAAGGUUUAAUUGGGGAUGGAAUACCAGUGCCCUCUUUCACUGAAGCAUCUAUAAGUUUGUAUUCUCAGCCAAAUUCACAUAGUUCUCGUUUAUAUAGAAUAGCUGUUGAUUGUAAGGGAUUAUCUGGAAGGACUCUCCGUCGUCUUCCUGUUCUUGCUCACGCCAAAUAUCUUCAGCGACCUUGUUGCACGAUGGAUGAAAUGCUUUGUUCUUUAGAAAGAGUUGUAAAAGAAGAGUUGUCAUUUUCCAUGAAAAUGUUCUAA